CACUACUGUGUCGAAACCCUAAAUCCAUAACUCAGCAAAAACCAAAUUCUCCAACGAAAGUGAAGAAAGAAAAGUAGCUAUGAAAUCAUCAUCCGUAAAUCUCUAUUUCAGAAAGCGAAAGAAGCAAUCUCCAUCUCUACCACAUCGUUCAGUCGGAAUCUUCACGCGUAGCAAGUCUCAGGUGUACGUCCACCGCAAUCGCUCCGGCCGGACCCGUCUCGAUGUUUCUCGAAAAUCGAACUUCCACUCUUGCUCAAUUAGCUCAAACCCAUUUCCCGGGAAACCUAAAUCAGUUCAACCCGGAUCCCGGAAGGAGACUGGGACUGAACCAGUAGAAGCUUAUCUGCGGUUGAAUGAUGAGAUUAGUUGUCGGAUCUCAUCAAUUAAAGAUCUCCGGACCCAUAGGGUUUUCUCUUCUGCUGUUAGUCCGAUUCUUGAGGAAGAGGAGGGGAAAAUAAAUGGGAACUCAAAGUUAUUGCAGAAUAUGGGUCUGGAUACGGAUUCAGAUCGGUGUAUGGAUCUGGAUGCGAGGGAUAAAGAACUGGAGGAGAAUAGACAAUCUGUUGAGACAAUGCCAUCGGAUGCAGUUGCGAAGGAAAAUGAUAGCAAAAAUGGUUUGAAUUUGAUGAAGGAUAAAGCGACUUCAACAAACGGAUCUGUUUCCACAAGUAGAAAGGUUCUGAAUUCAUGUGCCAAAAGGAAGGUUUUCAAGACCCCGAACUCUUUUAACUAUAGAAGAUUGCUACCAUAUUUGAUGGACGUUGUGAAAGAAAAAUCCAGUGCUUCAGAAAUUGAAAUAGUCGGUGUAGAAUUUCCAAAUAAAUUGCAGGAGUUAAGUGGUUUGAGUCCUAAAAUGCCUUCAUUUAUGGAUAAUGGUUGUGCUGCUAAACUUGAGUGUGUUGGAGCAAGGACUAAUCCUACAGAUAGUUUCAAGGAUGAAAAGAUACAAAAGUUAAAUAAAGAACAGCCCUCCAUUCUGCAGAAUUUGAUUGGUGUUGAAUAUCAGUUGGAGCAUAGAAGUUACGAGAAUGGUGUUAGUGGAGUUGAAGAUUCUGUGGAAGAAGAGUGCAUUUCGAUGAAACAUGAUUCUGAUGUUCUCCAUGCAACAGCGUCAAGAGAUAGUGGGAGAAAUAUGGAAGUCAACACUUUGCUUACUGAGAAACCUAAUAUAAAGGGCACAUCAGUUGGAUGCUUGAGUAUUGGCAAUAAAUCACGCCAUAGUGCGAACGUGAAAAGUGGCACCAAUUGGUUGUCUGAGACGUUUCUUACUCCUUGUUCACAAGUGAGGGUCUUCAAAGUUCCUAGCUCAGCUAGCUAUAGAAGACUGCUUCCAUAUCUGAUUGAUGUUGCAAAACAGAACUCCUGUGAUUCGAAAGUAAUCCGACACCCAAAGCCUCAGAUAGAUUCGCCAGAUGUACAUUUAUUAUCAUAUGCUACUUCCGAUGAAGGAAAUCCGGUGAAGAAAAUCAGAAUGGAAAGUUUCUGUGAGCAACCUCAUACUGAAGAUGAGGAGCAAAAUUUACUGCUUGCUCUAGUCCCCGGUGACAAUGUUUCAUCCAGUGAUACUGAUAAUAGUCUAAGUCCAUCAACUCCACCAUUGUACUCCACCAAUCAUUCAUCUAAAGUGGGGCCAAGUUCAAUAAUUUCUGAUGACACCACUGAUCUGGUCAUGCCACUUGAUUUACCGAAGGAAGGAAGAUUGUUGAUUCAAAAUAGUCCCAAGAAGUCUGAAUCAGAUAUUUUCCAUAAUGAUAUCAUGGAUUGCAAUGGGAAAUCCAAUUGUUCAGUAGUUGAAUCAUUCUCUAUAGUUGAUCAUGAUAUUCAGACAGAUACGAAAAGAAAUUGCAUAGCUGUGAAUGUGGAAGCUUAUAAAUCCAAUGAGCUAAUUGAAAAGGUUACUUCCAACCAAGGCCAAUCCCAAAUUGAAGUUUCUGACACUUUGAUUUCUCAUACGGACGUUCCUUUCAAGGGAAUACUAAAGAAAAAUCCAAAAGGGUGUAGAGGGCCAUGUAACUGUCUAAACUGUGCUUCAUUUCGUCUCCACGCUGAGAGAGCAUUUGAGUUUUCAAGAAACCAGCUGCUUGAUGCAGAAGAAGUUGCUUGGAACUUGAUGAAGGAAUUAGCAAAUGUUUGUCAUAUAUUGGAAAUGUCUGCUGUCAAUGAGAAUGAUCUGACAACUAUCCAACUCAAUCAGACUCAGGUUAAUCAAGCAUGCAAUAAAGCUCUGGAAACAGAAAAUCUAGCAAAAGAGAGCCUCAGAAAAUUGAACUAUGACCUCAAUAUUCAUUGCAGAACCCCAGCAUUGCAGCGGCCAAGAGUUACGUUUGCCAACUACAUUCAGGAAAGAGUUAUUCCAAAGACAGAUGCGUCGACUGGUCCAGAAACACCAGAUAAAUGGUUAAACAAAGAGAACACGUAAACUAAUUGUAGCUGUUACGUGAUGUUAACCUUUGUACGUGUUGUCUAGAUCACUAUUAGGCUACUUGUGUAGUGGCGCCUUUGCCCAAGCACAUACUGGUGACUUGAGUAACUUGCCUUCGAUGUACGUUGCUGAUCGUUCAUACACAGUAAAAAUGAGGCCUUGGUUUCAUCCGCAAACUGUAAAAAAUCUCGUAUCUAAAUUAAGAUUUAACCCUGUUUUCACAGGGCAAAAAACUAGAGCCCAAAGAAAAGAGCGAGAUCUUAUUAAUGUUUAAUAUUUCAAUUCAAUCAUGCCUUUGAGUAAUUGAGUUGUAACUUUAUUUGUUCAACGCGAUAAUUCUUAUCAGUGUAUAACAGGGAUAUUAUGCUUUGUCAAAAUUUAAAAUUUUGCGUA